AUGUCCUCGUCGGCAUUAUCAUCGACCUCCAGCCAUGGCUCACGAGGCGCGCCGCACAUCAUCCUCCUCCCAAGCGCUGGCAUGGGCCACCUGGUGCCGUUCACCCGCCUCGCCGUUGCGCUUUUCGCCGGCCACGGCUGCGACAUCUCCCUCGUGACGGCGCUGCCUACAGUUUCGUCCGCGGAGUCCAGCCACAUCGCCGCGCUCUACGCUGCCUUCCCCGCCAUCCGGCAGCUAGACCUCCGCCUUGUCCCUUUCGACGCGUCAUCCGAGUUUCCCGGCGCCGAUCCGUUUUACGUCCGCUACGAGGCCCUGCGCCGCUCCGCGCCCCUGCUCCUCGGCCCGCUCCUCGCCGGCGCAGGCGCGUCGGCUCUCGUCGCGGACAUCGCGCUGGCCUCCGUGGCCAUACCCGUAGCAAGGGAGCUCCACGUCCCGUGCUUCGUCUUCUUCACCGCGUCGGCCACGAUGUUCUCGUUCAAAGCCUACUUCCCCACCUACCUCGAUGCCGUCGGCGCCGGACAUGGUGUUGGCGACGUUGACGUGCCCGGCGUGUACCGGAUCCCAAGUUCGUCCGUUCCACAGGCGCUGCAUGAUCCCGACAACAUCUUCACCCGGCAGUUCGUCGCGAAUGGACGGGCGCUCGUGACAGCCGACGGCCUCCUGGUCAACGCCUUCCACGCCAUGGAGCCGGAGGCCGUCGAGGCUCUGCAGGGUGGCUCCGUGGUCUCCGGUCUCCCGCUGGUGUUCGCCGUGGGGCCGCUUAUGCCGGUGAACGACCUUCGGGAGACACGGGAGGCAGCGCAAGAACAGGGGGACUACAGGGCGUGGCUGGACGAGCAGCCGCCGCGGUCUGUGGUGUAUGUCAGCUUUGGGAGCCGCAAGGCUCUUCCCAAGGACCAGAUCAACGAGCUCGCCGCUGGUCUAGAAGCGUGCGGCCACCGCUUCUUGUGGGUUGUGAAGGGCGCCGUCGUGGACAGGGACGACGCUGGCGAGCUCAGCGAACUGCUCGGCGAGGGCUUUCUGCGGCGCGUGCAAGGCCGGGGCCUGGUGACCAAGUCGUGGGUGGAGCAAGAGGAGGUGCUCAGGCACCCGGCCGUGGCGCUGUUCAUCAGCCACUGCGGCUGGAACUCGGUGACGGAGUCAGCGAGCAACGGCGUGCCGGUGCUGGCGUGGCCGAGGUUCGCGGACCAGCGAGUGAACGCCCGAGUGGUGGCCCGCGCCGGGCUCGGCGUGUGGGCCGAGCAGUGGAGCUGGGAGGGGGAGGAGGCGGUGGUGAGAGCGGAGGAGAUCGCGGAGCUGGUGAUGGAUGCGAUGGGAGACGACGGGAUGGCAGAGAAAGCGGCGAACGUCCGCGAGGCUGCGUCAAGAGCCGUGGCGGACGGCGGCACGAGCUACCGAAGCCUGGCGGCGUUCGUGCGUCGUUGCACGGCGUGGAGAAGUUGUAUUAGGCCUUAG